AUGGAGCUAUCAGCAGGGGCGGCCGUUUUCGCCGUGGUGCUCACCACCGUCCUGUACCUCGGAGUUGUCCACGCACGCAGGCGCCGGCCGUGCAACAGCCUGCCGGGCCCCAAGCCGUGGCCGAUCAUCGGCAACUUCAACCUCCUCGGCGCGCUCCCGCACCGCUCCCUCGACGCGCUGUCCAAGCGCCACGGCCCGCUGAUGCGCGUGCAGUUCGGCUCCUUCCCCGUCGUCAUCGCGUCGUCCGUCGACAUGGCCAAGUUCUUCCUCAAGACCCACGACUCGGUGUUCAUCGACCGGCCGAAAAUGGCGGCGGGCAAGUACACGACCUACAACUACUCCAACAUCGCCUGGAGCCCCUACGGCGCCUACUGGCGGCAGGCGCGCAAGAUCUGCGCGGACGAGCUCUUCAGCGCGAGGCGGCUAGAGUCCUUCGAGCACGUUCGCCGGGAGGAGGUGCACGCGCUGCUGCGCGCCCUGCACGGGACGGCGGGGCAGGUCGUUCCGCUCAAGGAGUGCCUGUCCACGAUGAGCCUGAACAUCAUCACCCGCAUGGUUCUGGGCAGGAAGUGCGUGGACAAGGAGGUGGUCGCCAGUGGCGGGGGAUCCGUGACGACGUGGAAGGAGUUCAGGUGGAUGCUUGACGAGCUGUUCUUGCUCAACGGUGUGCUCAACAUCGGGGACUGGAUCCCUUGGCUGUCCUGGCUGGACCUGCAGGGCUACGUCAGGAGGAUGAAGAGGGUGGGCAGGAUGUUCAACCAAUUCAUGGAGAACGUGGUGGUGGAGCACAACGAGCGGCGUCUGCGCGAGGGAGACGCCUUCGUGCCGCAGGACAUGGUCGACAGGCUGCUUCAGCUCGCCGACGAUCCCAGCCUCGACGUCAAGCUCACUCGAGACAGCGUUAAAGCCUUCACUCAGGAUCUCGUCGCCGGGGGCACAGAGAGCGCCGCGGUAAUCGUCGAGUGGGCCAUCUCAGAGCUCCUGAAGAAUCCCGACGUCUUCGCCAAGGCCACCGAGGAGCUGGACAGCGUCAUCGGCCGCGACCGCUGGGUCACGGAGAAGGACAUCCCUCACCUCCCGUACAUGGACGCCAUCGUCAAGGAGACCAUGCGCUUGCAUAUGGUCGUCCCCCUGCUGUCGCCGCGCUUGUCUCGCGAGGACACGUCCGUGGGCGGAUACGACAUCCCCGCGGGCACGCGCGUGCUCAUCAACGCGUGGACCAUCAGCCGCGACCCGCGCUUGUGGGAGGCGCCCGAGGAGUUCCGGCCGAAGCGGUUCGUCGGGAGCAAGAUCGACGUCAAGGGCCAGGACUUCGAGCUGCUCCCAUUCGGUUCCGGCCGACGGAUGUGCCCCGGUUACAGCCUCGGGCUGAAGGUGAUCCAGGUGAUCCUCGUCAACCUGUUGCACGGGUUUGCGUGGAGGCUACCGGAUGGCAUGACAAAGGAAGAGCUGAGCAUGGAGGAAGUCUUCGGCCUAUCCACGCCGCGCAAGUUCCCGCUCCAGGCCGUCGUCGAGCCCAAGCUCCCGGCCCGCCUGUACACUGCUUGA